CCCAGUUGAUUUGAACGCGGCAUCAGUUAGAGAUGGCGUCCCUUUUGCAGCCUGACAGGGUUCUCUACCUAGUUCACGGAGAGAAAAAGAUCCGAUCGCCGUUGUCGACACUUUAUUUUUGUCGGUAUUGCAGUGAAUUGCGUUCCCUAGAAUGUGUGUCUCACGAGGUGGACUCACAUUACUGUCCGAGCUGCCUGGAGAAUAUGCCUUCAGCAGAGGCAAAGCUGAAGAAGAACAGGUGUGCAAACUGCUUCGACUGCCCGUGCUGCAUGCACACCCUGUCCACCCGGGCAACCAACAUCCCAGCCCCUCUUCCUGACGACCCCAGCAAGACGACCAUGAAGAAGGCCUACUACCUGGCCUGUGGCUUCUGUCGCUGGACAUCCAGAGAUGUGGGCAUGGCUGACAAGUCUGUGGCCAGUGGAGGAUGGCAGGAGCCGGACAACCCUCAUACUCAACGGAUCAAUAAACUGAUAGAGUAUUACCAGCAGCUGGCCCAGAGGGAGAAACUGGAGAGGGACAGGAAGAAGCUGGCCAGGAGACGACCCUAUAUGCCACUGGCCUUCUCGCAACACACUAUUCACGUGGUGGAGAAGUAUGGUCUGGGUACCAGACUACAGCGACAGAGACCUGGAGCUCCUAUCACCAGUCUGGCUGGUCUUUCUCUGAAGGAAGGUGAAGACCAGAAGGAGAUUAACAUAGAACCAGCUCAGGCUUUAGAUGAAGUGGAGCCACUGCCUGAAGACUGCUACACCAGACCCAUCAACCUACCUGAGGUGACAUCCUUGCGUCAGCGCCUGCUCCAGCCUGACUUCCAGCCAGCCGGAGCCUCUCAGCUCCACCCCAAACACAAACACCUGUUGAUCAAGCGCUCUCUGCGAUGCAGGAAAUGUGAGCACAAUCUGAGCAAGCCAGAAUUCAACCCAACCUCAAUCAAGUUCAAAAUCCAGCUGGUGGCUGUGAGUUACAUCCCUGAGGUCAGAAUAAUGUCCAUUCCAAACCUGCGCUUCCAGAAGGAGUGCCAGGUGCUGCUCACCCUGACCAACCCCGUGGAGAAUAUUACCCACGUCACCCUGGUGGGCUGUGAGGAAGGAGACCCAGAGGACAUCAACAGCACUGCUAAGGUGAUGGUUCCUACCAAGGAGUUGGUCCUGGCAGGGAAGGAUGCUGCAGCAGAUUACGACGAGUUGGCCGAGCCACAGGACUUCCAGGACGACCCAGAUGUGGUGGCCUUCAGGAAAUCCAAUAAGAUCGGUUUCUUCAUCAAGGUGGUCCCUCAGCGCGAGGAGGACGGGGAUGUCACAGUGUCCUUUAAGAUCCGCCACGACUUCCGCAACUUGGCGGCUCCCAUAAGGCCGAGUGAGGAGGGCGACGCCCCCACCGAGGCCAUCUGGCUCACACACCACGUAGAGCUCAGCCUGGGGCCGAUCAUAGCGUGAAGAGCUUACACACACACACACACACACACACACCGAAUACACAUCUUUUACACAAACACACACACACACACACACACUGUACAUGCAUUGGAUCACAUAUCUCUCUCUCUCUCACACACACUCACACACUUCUCUGUACCCCCAAGCAGUUCCAGAGACCCUUUCCUGCUUCACGCUUCAAUUUAAGCAUUAUCUUCAUCAUCCUCCUCUAAGGAUGAAGAGUAUUUACCUGCAUGCUAUGCCAGGCUACAUCUACCUACUAAUAAAUGUCUCUUAGAUGAUGUCAUUACUGUUUCUCCUCUCUGGGUUGAAGGUAGGAUGAGACUGUCAUUCUCCUCUCUGGGUUGAAGGUAGGAUGAGACUGUCAUUACUGUUUCUCCUCUCUGGGUUGAAGGUAGGGUGAGACUAAGGAGUUGGGAGUUAUUUUUGCUGUUGUCUUCAGUACUAAAGUCCAGUCAGUUGUUCUAUUAGCAGUAUUGAAGUAGUGAGACCUGUAAACGUGUCAGUUUGUCUGAGGCACUCUGCAGUGGUAAGAUAUUAGAUAUUACUUUUAACACUAUCGGUCAAUCAUACAUUUGAAUUACAUGUGAAGUUUAUAUUGAUUGGAGGGUUUCUACUGAAGAUGUGACCAACAGGGAGGGGCUGGUAGCAACCUUUCACUGGCGUUGUUUUGAUUGGUCAGGAAAUAAUUCCCCCC